CCACAGAAAAACAAGAGCUUACUAAGCAACGAGUGGCAUUUCGUCAUUAACCAGUACUAGUGAGCCUUAGCACGCGACUGCGACGCGACGAUGGACGCUACUGCACUCAAAGUUUGGCUUGAUCAUGUCAAUAACUGUCCUUGGCCGUAUGCACUUCUGCUCUCUCUCGGUGCUCUAACAUUUGCACGUUUUACAUUCAAAACUCUUGUCGUCUUCUUUCAAACCUUCAUUCUUUCUGGGACACAUCUCAAGAAGUUUGGUGCUAAGAAGGGAGCAUGGGCAGUCGUUACGGGUGCUUCAGAUGGCAUUGGGAGGGAGUUCGCAAUCCAGCUAGGUUCAGCGGGGUUCAAUGUCUUGCUCAUCGCACGGAACGCCAAGAUGUUGAACGACGUAGCAGUCGAGAUUGCUACGAAAACAAAAUCUACAGUUGAAACCAAGAUCUACCUUAUCGACUUUGCCCAAAGCGACAACUUCAAAUAUGAUGGCCUGAAAGCUCUUCUUCAAACUCUCGAUGUUGGUGUGCUCGUUAACAAUGUCGGAAAAUCCCACACCAUGCCCACUUAUUUUGCUGAAACUGUGGAACAAGAAAAUGCUGACAUCGUUGCCAUCAACGUGAAUGCGACAAUUCGCGUCACGCAUGCAGUUCUCCCUGGUAUGAUUCAGCGGAAACGUGGGUUGGUUCUCAACCUCGGCUCCUUUGCGGGACUCGUCCCUUCUCCAAUGCUAGCGACAUACAGUGGUACUAAGGCGUUCCUUGAAACCUUUACCAGCGCCAUCGCAGAGGAGGUUAGAUCCGAUGGGAUCGUCGUCCAAUACCUUAAUACUUACUUUGUCGUUUCCAAGAUGUCCAAAAUCCGACGCACAUCUGCGUUAAUUCCCAGUCCCACAUCCUACGUGCGCACAUGCCUCUCCAAAAUUGGCUUCUCCUGCGGUGCAGCAUUCACUGGGCGCCCAGGCACGGUCACAGCGUUCUGGAGCCACGCGCUCCUCGAUUACGCGAUGCACGUCGUCGGAUGGAAGACUCGACUUAUUGCUUAUACCCAUUCGCUUCAUAAGGAUAUCAGGAGAAGGGCACUGAAGAAGCGGGAGAGGGAUGCCAAGAAGGAGUAGACCGCUUCAUCCAGAAUGUGAGCACGCUGUCGUGGAUCAUACAAAUUCUAGGAUUGUUUAUGCCGUCUGAUGGCACGAGCAAUGCGACAAUUAUAUGCUUUUGAAUUGUUAUUGAUUUUCGUGUUAGCUAUGUCCAAGUUCGCUUGCCGUUUGCUAUAAGGUCUGAGCAUUACCGGAGUGAUUCUGUUACUAAUGAAAUGUCGAUGUCCAAACUCUUAGUUUUCUUCUGUAUGAUGAUGACUGAACGACUGUU